AUGUCGGCACCCGAAGCAUCGUCCUCGUCAACAGGUCGUCCAUCUCUGGACGCCUCCUCGGCAGCACCCGCCUCGACCAAUGGCACCACCACCAGCACGCUCGAAUCUGGCACUGAAGAAUCCUGGGCGCCCAUCUCCUCCAUGUCCGACUCCGCCAUCCGCACCGAACUGCUUCGCGUCCGCGAGGAACGCGACACAUUCGAAUCACAAUACCGCUCUCUCCUGUCCAAACUCACCACCAUGCGGGCCACCCUCGGCGAUCGCCUUCGGCAAGACGCAGAAGAACUCGAUCGACGCGAAACCCAAAUCGACACUCUCACAUCUACCAUUUCCAACCUCGAAUCUUCGCUUUCGACGCUACGGGCCGAACUCGUCUCUUCGCACGGUGAAACGGAUCGACUGGCGAACGAGGUGGAUGCGUUGCGGAAGAGUUUGGUGGCGAAAGAGGAGAUGAGCGGGGGAGGGCGGGAGUUGCAGGAGCAACUGGAGAGGGUGAAGGUGGAUGCGCACGGGUGGCAGACCAGGUGUUUGGAAGAACGGGCGGUCAAGGAGGAGUUGGAAUCGCGGCUUGCUGAGGCGCGAGACGAAGUGGUGCGAGCCCAGGCGGCCGAGGUGCACUAUCGUGGGGUGGCGGAACGCGAGUCUGCCAGUGCAGCGAACCUCUCUUCGGUGCUCAGCGAGUUUCAAUCCUCGCAAGAGUCCGAGCUGCAGCGUGCCCUGGGCGAUCAUCGCGACCAACUCGAUCGCCUCACCACCGCGAAUCAAGAAUGGAGAAGCAGGGCAGAAGAAGCGGAAUCCCAACUGCACCAGAACGCAAACCUCACCUCGCAAGCAGAAACCCUCGCCGCUUCGGUGAAAGAGAAGAAUUUGCUCAUCGGCAAACUUCGCCACGAAGCGGUGAUCCUCAACGAGCACCUCACGGAAGCCCUGCGUCGACUGCGGAAUCAUCAGAUGGAGGGUUCGGUGGAUAAGCGACUGGUGACCAAUCUGCUGUUGCAGUUCAUCAGCACGCCGAGGGCCGAUGGGAAGAGGUACGAGAUGCUGAGUUUGAUUGCGGGGGUGCUGGAGUGGGGUGCGGAGGAGAGGGAGGCUGCGGGGUUGCAAAAGGGAGGGGGGACGCAACGGCCAGGGAUGGGCGCGAGGGGGACGUCCAGUGGGAGGAGAGUGAGUGGAGGUGCAGUGGCAGGGAACGGCGUAGGUGGCGACGAAAGCUUUUCCAACCUCUUUGUGGAGUUUCUGCUGAGCGAGGCGGAGAGAGGGAAGGAAGGGAAGAAGGAGGGUGAAGAGGCGUUGACGAGCCCGACAUCGCCAGGGUUGCCCAAAAGGUUGUUCUCGCCCACGGGGGAGAGAAUGGAGCCUCUGUCGCCGAGCAAAAGUGACGCGGGAGGUAGGGGCGAGGUGUCAGCAGCGACAAGUACGAAUGGCGAGGAGGCACCGAAUAGCAAAUCCGCCGGAGGAGGCGGGUUCGGGUCUUACUUCGGUCUUUCAAGAGCCAGCAAGAAGUGA